AUGUACUCCGGCAUGGACCGCUCAGACUGGCAGCAGCCUGCCUACCCAGAGCGCGCCUCGCCCCCACCGCAAUCCCAAACAGGAUGGUUCCCAUUGCAAGACACCGAGCAGCAGCAGCAACAGUCUCCUGUAUCGCAUCAUUCACCAAGUGGAUGGCUACAGGACGCUGCCGGUAACGCAGGAUACGCCACUAGUCCCAGUCAUGACAGCCGAGGCUCGUUCGUAUCUUCACCAAUAUUUUCGUCGGUGCCGCCGGCGGAAUCGCCCCCGUAUCUGUGGACGGAGCAACAGGCGCAGCCGCCCCCGGCUCGGGUCGUUCAGUUCCUGCCGUCCCCGACCUACCAACGGCCCAUCAUGCUGCCCGAUUCGGAGCUGUGCCAAGACCAGAAGGCUCACGUGCAGACGGUUCUUCGCCGCAACAAGCAGAUCGCCAUUGGCCGCUGGAACAGUGAGGAGCACCAGUGGUUCCUCAAGGGUCUCGAGAUGUUCCAGGGGCCCGCGUGGGGCGAGAUCGCCCGCCUCAUCGGCACCCGCACGUCAACCCAAGUGCGAACCCACGCCCAAAAGUUCUUUACCAAAUUGGCCAGACUCAAUCAGACCAUGCCCUACUUCGAGGUGCAGAUCCAGAAGGAACGAGCUCGACUCGUAGCCCAAGGCGCCAGCGUCACCCCCACCGCGCAAAGCACUUCACUGCCCGCCACGCUAUCGCCUCGCAAGCGGCUGGCGUCAACCAGCAAUAGCCCCAGACAAUCGCUCCAGCGAUACAAGGAGGAAGUAGUGACAUCUCCGACGUACGCAUCGGCCGCCCACGCCAGAUACCCACAAGAAGCCUAUAACGCCAAACCGAGAGUGUACGCUGGAGGGUACACAUCCGCUGUGUCCCCUUCAAGCGGACCUGCGAUGCGCCCGCAGCAGUGGACAUCGGAUGACACCCGACACUGGCCCCUAGCCUCGCCAACAUCCACAGCUGCAUCGUUGCGGCUCACACAAAUGCAAAUGGCGGACGUUGGACAGCAAAGUAGCCCCACGGCUGCGUCCGACGCUGAUUCACUUCCAUCCAUGAACAAAUUGCUACAUCGAAGCAGCAACACCGCCACGACAAGUUGA